UACACACAAGCAGCAAGGUCCCACAUCCUGGUACUUUUCAACGUUGUCAAGGAAGGCAUCGAUAGAGAGAAAGGCUGGCUCGAGGGAAGUAGCUGCUGUGUCCUGACAAUAUAUCUGUCCAAACGUGCACAAACUAUCCCGGAAAGUUAGGUCUAACUACCAGGACCAUCCGUUGUCUGUUAAUGUCAAGAUGUGGCUGGUGACCACCAGAGAUGGGAGACGGACAUAACAAGACCUAUAGGAUGUUACUCAAUAGCAUACGACAAUGUAGGCUAAAGGCUGACGGCAUCCAUAUCAGGUGAACAUUGGACGAAGGAGAGUGGGAUGAGUGAAGAUUCUGCAGCCAGCACAGUUUAGUGAAGAGCACAAGAGGUGACCAAUCAGCAACUAGCAUGCCAACCACCAAGGGAACUGGAGGGGCUGGCAGCCCACGGGGUCAGCGCUACCGUCCAGCCUCAGAGUUCGACGAUGCCACACUCGCCCAAAAGAGAGAGUACUGGAAGACCAAGAAACGAGAGCAGAGGGCCAAGCUGUCAGAGGUCAAGAGGGCAAAAGAUACAAACAGAGUGUGUAACUCCUUGGGCAGAAAUGCAGUCCAUAAGACCCUAACCUCUAUGGUGUUGAAUCCCAGUGCCUCUUGUUCAAUGGCAGGGUCUGCCCCCACUUUGUUGAAUAGCGAUGGCUCCUACCAAACCAAUGUCAGUGGUGCACCUGUAGUUUUAUUAAAGGGAAAGGGUUCUGCUGUCUCCUAUCAUCUGAACCAUAGUGCUGAAGAAGAGGACCAAUACUCUUCCUCAGCAAACCAAAAGGAGAAAUGGUUCCAGAGGAUAAAACUUGACAAAGUCUUGCCUCCGUCCCCAACGUCCAGUGCAGGUCCAGGAGAAGGUGCGAUGGUCUGCAAGAUGGCGGUGAAAAGUUCCCCAACAGGGGGCACUGUGAUCGGAACGGUUACCUCAGCCAAACCCAACGGAGUGCUGCUCAACAGUGGCUCCUCCUUGCCUCUGGGAAGAGUGGCUGUGAGACCCUCAGGUUCUGCAACUCGCCAACCACAGGGCGGAUUGACUGUUCUGAAUGGCAGCUCUCCUGUAGUGUCAACACAGAAGCAACUGGCCACCCAGAGUGUAUCAAGGCCUGAUGCGCUAACUGAGACGCAAGUUACAGUGCGUGUUCAGCCUGGACCGCUAACUGCUAACUUUACCUCAGCGUUGCCCAUCGUGACCAAUCAGCCUACCCCUGCCCUCAUUCCCAAACCAGAGGGAAGGCCUAUAGGGAUGAAAGUAACACAACUAGGUGGGACAAAGCGUGCCCCGGUCACAGCCCAAGAAGUUAGUUGUAUCAACAACACAUCAGCUACACUGGAGAUUGAGGAGGACAAAGCCACCAAGCGCAGAGAGAAUUGGCGCAUCAAGAAGCGAGAACAGAGAGCGAAGCAGGCGGUUAGGUUAACGAAGACUAGAGAGAGAAUCACGAACAUGGAGAUAACGUUGCAAAAAGCUGGAAUGUUACCCAACGUGGUCAUUGAACGUCCUCCGUCUGCUUUGAGUGGACAGGGCCAUAGGCAGUGUGUUAAUAGAGUCAGGGUCCCGUUCAUCUCAGCCGGACGCCUGCUGAAAAACGCCAGAGCAGUGGCUAGCGUUGUAGUCAAAAGGGAGUCUGAGGAUUCAGUCCUGGCUAAGCUAACUGCAGUCAACGCUAAUCAACAGACUGUUCAGGUAAAAGUAGAGAAUCCGCAGGACGCUGAACCAACAAUGCAGACUGGCAUGGCAUCGAAUGUCAUUGGUUUUAAACUAGAAGGGGAACCAAGCAGAAGGCUCCUUGGUCCAGGGCAGUUUAUCAACACUAGCCAAGGUAUGGUCCGUUGUAGGACUCCGAGACAGAGGUUCAUUGACGCCCAAAGGAAUUUCCUGGGUCAGAGAAACAUGAGAAAGUCCCCCUGUCAUGCGACAGCCUUCAAAACCUGCAACGCACUCCGAGAGGACCCAACGGAGACACCCGAGCAGAGGGUGGCCCGGAAGCGGGAAUACUGGCGUGUCAAGAAGCGGGAACAGCGAGCUAAGCUGUCAGUGGAAGUCCGAGCUAAGAUGAAGGAGAAGGAUGCUCUGAUGCGAAGAGUCAACCGGUACCAGAGCAUAUUGGAGGAUAUGAGGAAGGCGAGAGCGGCGGGCUGCAACACACUGCCACAACCAACAGGAAAUGGGCCUACCCACACCAGCGCCUCAGAGACCAUUGGAGGGUUCAUCAAGGAGGACGGUACAUUGACCAAUACCAUUCCCCAAAUGUAUCUCAUUACAGAAGCAAAAGAGACAGGGGAUGAAAUUGGUGUCAUCGGUGGAAUGCCUGUUAAUAAUUCAUUUACCAGCCCUAACAUACACCGCCAACACCAACUGCUUCCCCAAACCACUGGUGAUACAUCUAGUAAUGUGGUACAUCAAAUACGGGUCAACCCACCACCUCUAAUCCGUCCUGCUCAAGUUAAUGUCUCCUGUCCUCCCAUCAGCCUGUCAAUCAGAAAGCCUCCCAAGUUAGUUUCAGGCAGCCCCCCGAAAAACCUCCCUAAUCCACACACAGUCGUCCAGCCCCAGAGUCGUAUCACCCUCACACACCCUCAAAACAUUCAAAACACCUUUCCUGGUUUGCCUACAGCGAUACCGAAGCCGGCUAGCUGGGUCAUGCAGAUGGCUGUCAAAGCUUCUACAGCAUCAUCAGCGCUCAACUUGGACCCAAAGCUAACAGAGGAGGAAAAGAUGGCUAAGAAGAGAGAGUACUGGAGGGUAAAGAAACGAGAGCAGAGGGCGGCCCGAGCCACCCGCAUAAGGCAAGGAGUUCAAGCUAGGGGAAAGACUGCCUCACACAAGAGGCGUAACCAAAGGUUAGCACGAUUAGCUGUCAACAACACACUGACUAUCAAGCCUCUCUCAAACACAAGUGUGUCCACGUCUCCACAGGGAGACCAAAUCAAACAAGAGAGAGAAUCAACCUCAACAGACGCUCCAUGUCCUCCACUGGAACAACCCCUCUGUGUUGAUAUCAAACCGUCCCGGUGUUCACCGCCACCACAGACCGAGCCACCAGACCCAGCCUUGAGUGCUGACAGCCAGGCCACCACUCUCUUGGUGGUGGCUUCUAUGAAGAAGCUGCUGGAGGAAUCGCUCAGCACUGUGGCUGACUGGAAAACAGAACAGCCAGACUGUAUUACAGAACAGCUGCCUUGUAAAAGUAAUCCUCAGACAUGUUCCUACAAGGAUGCUUCUGUCCAGAUGGAGGUCAAGCCAAAUCUACCUCUGCUCACCCUGGAAGAUGAGGAGAAGGUCUCCCUGUCUGGUGACCUAUCGUUGGAGGUCAAAGGAUGGCAGGUGGACGCUGACGCCCUGCCAUCCUGCCAGGUAACCAUUUGUCCAUUGAGUCCUCAUCCUAAGGACUCUCCCUUGUCAAGUCCUUGCACUGAAAGUCUGUCUUUCCCAGCUCCCCCUCCCUCUGAACCCCCCUCUCACACACCCUCACACUCUUGGUCCCACACGGCAACUUCCAAUGAACCGCCCCUCCCUCGCAGAGCCCAGAGGCUGCGUGCCAAAAAAGCAGGACACCACCACUGCUGCUCCCCAGAACCCCCGAAGCUACACCAUCAGCCUCAACAACAACAACAACCACCUCAUCAACAACAUGAAAAUCAACAACAACCACCUUAUCAACAACCUCAAAAUCAACUACAACUUGAGCAACAUCAGCACGCCCCAGCGGUGACAGGCCAGAAUGUGACUCUGGAGAAGAAGAGGGAGUACUGGAGGAUGAUGAAGAGGCAACAGAGAGCUAGGACGGUCAGGCAGGGAGGAGGGGGGCUGAGACGGGGGGACUACGGCAGACGACUGGCCCUCAAAGCAGCACAGGUUUCGAAUCUCCUCAUUGUGAAGACACACACACAGAGACCAGUGCAGAGAAGCGGAAGCUUCGGUCUACAUACAGCACCAUUGCUCAAACUGCAGUCCUCCCCACUUCUCCAGCCUAUUUCUCCCCAGCCUAUAUCUCCCCCUGCUUCUGGACCCAAGGCUAGCCUCAGCAUGGACACCAACAUCCCUACACUUCUGGUUGGAGACCCCACCACCUCCAACAUGGGACAGACAUAUGAUACAACACAGCUCAACCCUCCUGUCAACUGUACCAGUAUCUCCAAUUCACCCAUUGGUGACACAGGGUCCCCACAGACAUCUCAUAGCUUCAGUACCGUGUCCCUCCCUUUUGGAGGUGGUGUCACUGUCCCCCCAUUGAGUGAGGGGAAAAAAGACGGGCUGCUAUUGGUGGAGAACCAACAGGAAGCGGCCCCAGGAUCGAGCGCUGACUCGCCCCGCGUUCUAAAAUGGAGACUGCGAGUGCAGGAAACCUCAGACACCGAUACCUCACCCAUCGCUACUCUCACACCUCCUCCCAACCCGUUGACUAGCAUAAAACUCUUACCCAUUCAGUCUCCCAGUCAAACAUCCUCUUUCACCCCAACACAGACUCCUUUCAAAUAUCAAGGUGCUCAGAUUUCUCAAAGUGGGAAUGUACAAAAUGUACGAUUGCCGACAUUGCAGGGGCUCACCAAAAGCCCUAUCUACAUAAGCCCAAUGGGUCCGCCCAAGCCAGUGCCGGGGGAGUCGGAAGAGGAGACUCUGAGGAAGAAGAGGGAGUACUGGAGGGUGAGGAAGAAGGAGCAGAGAGCCAGGAAAGCAAUGAGAGAUGGGGAGAUGACAGAGAAGAGGCCCUCGGUCAACUGGCAGCCCAUCAUCCCUAACACUCAUCAUCCUCAACAGCUGCUUGAGGAGAUGGAGACACAGGAUCCUGACCGGUGGUUCAACACCUCCGAGGACUCUGAACUACGUCUGAGUACUUCCACAGAGACAGACAUGGGCUACUUUCCUGACUUUGGCCAAACUGAACCUUUAGAAGACGAAUCAGAGCUCCUUUUCCUAAACGACGAUCUUGGCGACAACUAUGACGGCGCCAUCUCGGAUGUUGUAUGGAGGAAUCGCUACCUCAUGGACUACGACCCGCUGAACCAGCUGCUGGUGUGCAUGGUGUGCGGGGAGCUCCAGUACUCCCACAGCCUGGAGGGGGUGAGGGCCCACAUCGACGAGGCCCACCCAGAUACCCUGAGCCUGGAGUCCCCGGAGCACCUUCGCAUCCUAGAGGCCUGGGACGAGCAGGUGUCCAGGAGAGAACGCUUCUUUACCAGCCAGCUGCAGCAGCACAGUGGGACGAUGGGAGGGGACAGUGCCAACCUCCCAGCAGAAGUAAUGGUUGAUACAGAGGACUCGUCAUACCCGACGAACAGCAAAAGCUCCAGAGCGAUUAAAAGACUCUGAGGGCAAAGGAACACGUUUUCGCGACACAUUGUUUACGUCCUACCUACUUGUCCUAAUUUGCAGAAGCACAAAUAGCUCAAUUCCAGACAGCAUAAAACAAUAGAGGAAGUGAAAACAUUUCUGCUGUUUUCUUUUGUGUAUUAUCUUUUCCGGAGCAGUUCCCCUACAAAGGAUGAACUAAACUUGGAACUGUAUAUCUGUAUAGGGGACAUGGAACGACAAGAGGCGAGCUUUACCUCAUGAACUUUGGGAUAGACCCACACAUCUACACACACCCACGAAUGUAUCUUCUUGCUGGGUUUUUUCCCCCCUUUCCCCCCCCCCCCCAAUUUCGUCGUAUCCAAUUGGUAGUUACGAUCUUGUGCCAUCGCUGCAACUCCUUUUCGGACUCGGGAGAGGUGAAGGUCGACAGCCGUGCGUCCCCUGAAACACAACCCAACCAAGCCACACUGCUUCUUUGACACAAUGCCCGCUUAACCCGGAAGCCAGUUGCACCAAUGUGUCGGAGGAAACACCUGACGACUGUGUCAGCAUGCACUGUGCCCGCACCCCACAGGAGUCGCUAGUGCGCGAUGGGACAAGGACAUCCCUGCCGGCCAAACUCUCCCCGAACCUGGAAGACACGGCCAAUUGUGCGCUGCCCCAUGGGUCUCCCGGUUGCGGCCAGCCAUGACAGAGCCUGGACUCGAACCCAGAAUCUCUAGACCACUGCGCCACUCGGGAGGCCGCCUUGAUGUUUUUGAUAGCGCAAUUUUGUAGCGAUAAUCAUUCACUACUACUACUACAACACCAUGUCUCCUGUGCCCUAAACCAAAAUAAUAUAUCAAUGAGGGAUGUCACUGGGCUCUAUAAUGUCGCUGUGCUGUAUAACAUACUAAAGCACAGUCAGGGCUCUCCCUCAAUACACAGCACAGUGUUAACUUAACCUCCCUAUUAUGUAUCCAUUACAAACAGGUCAGUGAUGUUCUUCAAUCUGAAUGAAUGUGUCCUUACUCCUCAAUGUACCAGGAUCUAUAUGAUCCAGGUUUUUAAGGGUAAAUAGCAGACCUGUGAAUUUGACUUAGGAGACCAUGCGUCUAUUGAAAUGGUCUACAGGUGAUCAAUUGUUCAAUGAUUGAUAUUCGUCUGUACAUACAGUACAUUUUAUAAUUUUACUUAAUGAUAUGUUUAUUUAAUAUUUCUCACAAAUACUAUCAGUUUUGUAUAAAGUUUUGUACUGUAUUAACAAUUUGUUAUUCAGGUCCAAGACCAUCAGUUUUAUUUCUUCCCUUUUACAUUACAUUACAUUUCACAAGGGACAUCCUUGCAUGAGGGUUUUCUAAAUAUGUCCUAAAAAGUACUGGUAUAAUUAUGUUUCUUGCAGCAUACUGUAUCUACAAGACUGACUCUUUGAAAUAAUUAUUUGACACACAAAACAUUGUUUUCAUAAAUCGUUGUUCUGGAAUAUAUAAUAAUGUUCUUCCUUUUAAUAAAUGUAAACAUUGUUUCUGUAAUGCUGAUUUGACAAAUGUAUUUCUGCACUGUAAAUACAACACACAAUCGUUAUGUUUAAAGGGGUGGUGAAAUGUCAAAACCCUUUUAAUGUAUUUGAUUGCCGAUCACAUUUUGUUUCUAAUCUGAUUCAUAUUUCCUUGUCUAUUUAUACUGUAUACAUUAUUUUUAAUGCCUUUUAUUUAGUCUGAACAAUCAGUCAGUGGCACAGAUAUAGAUUAUUACAUUUUUUUAUUUAAUUGUAUCCCUGAUUUAACAAUCAAUUAUCAGCAUAUGUAUUUUUUAUCACUUUUUAAACAUACAAAAAAAAUAUGUAAGAUCCAUUGGCCUGCUGCUUGGAUGUUUCUAUACUUCCUAUAUGUAACAGAAAAUGUGUGGAAUGGACUUCCAUUUGUGGUGGUUUUGGUUCACCGAUAUACUGACAAUUAACGUCCUAUAGAGCACGAAGCUUUGGAAGUCAGUCUUCUGUGGUCUUAACAGACUGAAAAUGCAUUGAAAACAGAUUGUACUGUGAUUAACUUCUUCUUGUACAGCUGUAAACAGACUGUAAAUGUACAGGGGACACUGACCACGCUGUAUGAUGACACCUGAUGAGAAUGUACCUCUUUGAAUUGGUUCCUACCUUGUCUGUUUUAAAAGGGAAUGUUCAAAUGCCUUUUCGGUACUAAUAAACCCUUUUUUUUUCUA